AUGUAGUUUACUUCUAGUAAAGAAAGUUAAUAUCUGCUAACCUUAUAUGAAAUGUGUAGAAGAAAUAUUAUAAAUUAAUCAUAAAAAGGAGAAUUAAAAGGUAAUUAUUUCCAAGUGAUUUAACAGAUUUGCUAAUUUAAGGUGACAGAAAAACUUAAGAAAUAUUACAGAUUUAUUAAAAAAAUGCAAAUAAAUAAGAAUUAGAGAAAGGAAUCCUAGAAUUAUUGGGUAAUAACUCCAAAGACAUUAUCUAGAUUAAUCUGAUGAGUCUUAUUCAGUUUACAGUAUUCCUUCUUAAUAUAAAACUAGAAGACCAAAGCCAGUGCAAAUUAAAUCACUUGAAAAAAAUUGGUAUUAAAUUAAAUAUUAAAGGGCAUGCAAAUCUUAAGAUUCUCUUAAAUAAAAACCAAUCAUUUAGGAAGAAUUAAGUAAACUUAGCAAAGUUAUAAAGGAAAGAUAUUCUUUCAAUAAUCUCGAAAUGCAAAAAUCAAAAAAUUAAGGCAAAAGAUUAUCUGAAAAUUUCUAUAUAGAAUCAGUUAACACAGGAUUUUGA